CAAGAAUCUAAUAAAUAAAGUAAACGCAGUUUGUGGCCUGCUAGGUCACAUUUGGAUAUAAAGGACUUCUCCGGUAGCAGGUGUAAAGCAUAUUCAGUCUGUUUCGAGCACUGUGAGAAAGUAAAGCGAGAAUUUGAGUGUUUCCUUCAAUUUCCAGUCAGAAGUGUCGCAUGAGCCUUUCUGAUGUGCAGUUUUCAAACUCAACAGAAGAGAGCAGUGUUGGUCAUCAUUUACUGUGCAGUAUCAGAGUUUAAAUGUAAUUGUCGAGGUAAAAAUACACUACUUUGUAUAUAUUUACUAAGAUAUAAAUCGACACAUCAUUGGAUAGAAUUGCUGGCUGGACGAGCUUUUCACUCCUCUCACUUCCCGUACUUUUAUUGCAAAGUUAGAACUGCAGGGCCUCCAGUGAAUGACACCUAGCAGAAGCUAUAACACCCGCAUGCCUGAUACCAACCACCGUGACACCGAGUCCGUCACUUAUUUAGCGGGGCGGUGAGAGAUGCCGCCCCGCUGGACCGACGGCCACUCUCCCGACCGUCUAGUUCUCGUAGAAAGGAGGGACUAACUGCGGAAACAACGUAACAUUUCCGCAUGUCGACUUACAACAGAGAGGGGGAAAAGCGAGUAACUCACGCCAGUGCGCGGCUCGUGCGCUGCGCUUCGCUCGGUUGCGCAUGUGCCCCAAAACAUGUAGUUUCGGUCACAUGAUGCCCGAUCGGACGCCGUGUGCCAGCUGCGCCCGGUGCCCGCCUCUUCGCGAGGAAACAAACUCGGUCGCUCCGGAGAGUGUUUUUUAUUUAUUUUUUUAAAUGUUUUACUAAAGCAGGGAUUUUGAGCUGAAGGCUCAAGGAGCAGACGGGAGGUUGAAAACAUGUUGAAACUAAAGCCAACGUUUGACCUGCAAAGGGACGUGGUGUCGGACAUCUUCAGGAAGGAGGCGUCGGUGUGCAGGGUGCAAGAAUAUUCUGGAGCAGUGGACACUUGUAUCCUAAACAUUGAGAGAGAUGGGGGCAUCCUUUACUCGUGGAAGGGAGCGGCAGGUACCACCAGGAUUGGGAGAUAUGACCGCAAGACCAAACAGAACAAGCUCCUGUACACAUUCGACAAGCAGGUGUGUGUCAGCAGCUGUUCCCUGAACAAGGAGGAGACGCUGUUAGCGGUCAGCUUGGCACAAAACACCAGCGGAGAUGAGCGCCUCCAACCAAUGUCCAAGUGUCUGACUCUCCUGAUUGAGAUUCAUCCCAUCAACAACACUCAAGUCCUGAAGGCAGUAGACUGCAGGGUCAAAGUGCAGUUCCUCAGUUCAGAAAUGGACGGGAGAUCAGUGCUGGAGAGCCACCUGCUGCUGCUGACUGAGGACGGAUAUGUGGAUCUCUAUCACGUUCUUCUGACUAAACAGGAGGGGUAUAGAGUGGUGAUGGCAAAUCCAGAGCGGUUGUCCAAGACGACGGAGAGGAUAGUGGAGGACUUCUGCUGGGCCCAGUGGGACGGACACACACAGAGGCUCUACUACGUCGCUCGUCAUUUGACACACACACAGGCAUGCGCAACUGCACUUGACAAGUUCCUGAUGCGAUGUGUUCAGUUCUACCCCAACCAUAACUGUGAAACUGUGUUGGAACUCCCAUUAGAGCUGCCUGCAACUUUUUUUCCUACAGUCAAGUUUGUAAAUUUGGGUUUUGACCAUUAUCACACGGAGAGACCAGAGCAGAGGCCAGUUAGUAUGAAAGUGUUUACAAACCGAAUAGGAAGUAUGUGUGUGUGCUACUGCCAACCUCUGAAAGACAAACAGGAACUGAUCUACACUGUGGUUUUAGUCCACAAAGACUGCAGCAAGACGUUCAGAGUGUCUCUGGGGGGCGGCCAGCCGUCACACCGAGCCGCACAGCUCCAUCCGCUCUUCAUCCCGAUAGGUUACCACAUCCUGGUGUAUCUGCAGGGCCAUUUCCUCCAUUGCAUCAACACCAGGCAGCAGGAGAUGCUCUGCCACUCCCUUUUCCUCUCAGGUGUCGACGUGGAUAUGGGUCUGCAGUGUCAGUCAGCCAACAUCACGGUGUUGCACGCGGAGGAGGAGUCCAGCGGCAGUCUGCUGGACUCGGGCAACGGGAGGAUCUACGCUGCUGAGCUAAGCCCUUCCUUCCUGCUGCGGAUGCUGCGGUCAGACACUCCCUCCAGUUGCCCCAGCAGUAAGGCUGACCCUCAGCGCCUGGCCGCCCUCCACUGCCUGCUGGUUUACAUGGGAAAUGACCCAAGCCUGGAGCUGAAGAUCAUCGAAUGGCUGUGCGACAACAUGAGCGCCUUCGAAUCCUUUGAUCAGAUCCAGGAGUUCAUUCUAGCCUCUUUGUACAGAAUAAGCUAUGAGAAAUCCCUCAGCCUGGACAAAGUCCUGCCUUACUCCUCCGUCCUUGACAAGAAGGAGAUACCUGCGUGUCUGUUGGAGGUCCCUGGUGUGUUGUGCACCACUGAGCUGCAUAUUGAACCUGUGUUCAAAGGCAAGGCCAGAAGUCUCCAGGGUUUCUGGUCAGAGCUGCAGUGGAACACUGAGAGAACAAAAUAUCUGGAUGCCGUUCCCAACCCCAGAUACCGAACCUCAACCAUACAAGCUGACUGGGAGAGACUGAAGUCCGAGAGGAGACCCUCCAGUCUCAGGAAUAACAUGGAAGAGAACACAAAGAAAGUUCUAUCAAUGGUGGACACCUGGUGUCUUGAUAGGAAGCUGGUGCCACUUUUCCAGGAGGAGGACCAUCAACAGAGGGCGCUCAUAGGCCUGAUGGUUGACAAGCUCCGAGAGCAUCUCAACAGACACCUGCCUCGCAUCGGGAAGAAGAAGAUCGACGAGCUGGUUGUCAACUAUGUUGCCAAACUGCUGGAGCUCAUCAGACACAUGCUGGAGUCAGUCUGGCUGAAGCACAAACUCGGCCCUCGUGUUUUGUGCCUCAAGCAGCGGGGCAGUCCAGCCGAGUGGUCGGUGCUUCACUUCAUGUUUCGGAUCCUGGAAGCCACGAGGGGUCUCUGCCUACCCCUCCCUCCAGGGUAUCACACCCUGUUAGCCGUGUUCGCUGUGCGUUGCCUCCCUCAUCACACCUUCCUGCAGUACAUUGAUCACGGCUUCCUGCAGCUCACUGAGACCUUUGUGUCUCGCCUCAUGACAGACUUGGACAACAGUGAUGCCAACGAGAGACUGAAGUUCAGCAUACUCAAGAGACUCCCGGAGCCCAUGGAGCAGAGGAUCUACCACAUGUGGGACCAUCCUGUCAGCUCUGCCUCCAUCUCCAGAGAUUAUACCAGGACGCUGCUGGAGAAACACGACAACAAGGGAUGUGCGUUCCCCAGCAGAGACAAGCCCGGCUUCACACCCGAGUUUCUGCCCCUCACCUACUUGGCAAAAAUACUCUCUGAUAUCGAGAAACAAGCUCCGAACCCUUUCGAGGAGCAGGAGAACGUGGACGCCAAGUUCGUGGAGGAGACGGCUCUGAAGCAGACACUAAUGCUGCUGGGCUUUGGAGAAAAAUGAGGCGUGUGAAGGAUGGACGGAUGGAUUGAGGGAGGAAAAAAAAAAAACACAUGAGGGGGGAAAAUGUGUUCCCGGGGAACCAGUCAUCAUUGUCUGUGCCUGGAGGAUGAAUAACGGAUGGAUGGAUGGAUGGAUGAUGGAGGGACGGAGGGCGAGAGGUGAAAGAUGAAUGGAGCGAUUGAAAGGCAGAGCGCUCAUAAACAAGCUCUCAGUGCAACGGG